AAAAAAAAAAAAAAAAAAGAAAAAGAAAAAGAAAAAGAAAAAAAAGAGGAAAAAGAAGGAAUAAGAGAGAACGAUGAUCGUUAGUAAAGUUUUCUUUCUUCCCUUUUUUUCUUUUUUCUUUUUACAUCGGUAUAUCGCGAUCGGUUUCAAUGACAGGGUGAUGACGAUUUUCAUUCGUGAAAAUUCGUAAUUAUUCGUGAAAAUUCGAGAGAUAUCGGAUUGUCUUCGGGAAACGUCUGUAUCGUACGAAGUUAGGUGAGAAUAAGAAUAAGAAGGGAAAGAAAAAGAAGAAGAAGAAGAAUAAGGAAGAGAAGGAGGAAGAGGAGGAGGAAGAGGAGGAGACGGAGGUGGAGUAGGAGGAUAAGGACAUAUAAAGGCAAGUUCGUUCUGGCGCUAUAGGAAUGAUUUUCACCGGAAGGUCGGUCGACGCUCUCGACGAGGUACGCGGUAGCAGCGGCGUCGUCGUCCAGAGCGACGAGCGUCGCGACGUUAAAGCCGUCGCUAUAGCAGCCGGUUGGUUCUCCAGUUUGCGCAGACCCGGCAAGAGGAACAAGAGAUCCUGCCAAAAGCAGGCCAAAAGUGCUUGGGACCUUACCACCUUAUCUACGCAAUUGAAAGAUGAACUUGGUGAGGUCGUGGCAGAGAUGGAGGCGAUGGAGGGCGGAGGCCUCGUCGCGAACGAGACGAAACCGACGAACAAGGCAAAGCAGACGUCGAUCGGACGGAAGAAAUUCAACAUGGACCCGAAAAAGGGCAUUGAGUACCUGAUCGAGCACAACCUGUUGGCACCAACGCCAGAGGAUGUUGCACAGUUCCUUUACAAGGGGGAGGGCCUUAACAAGACAGCGAUUGGCGAUUAUCUUGGAGAACGUCACGAUUUUAACGAGCGCGUAUUACGUGCCUUCGUCGAGCUCCAUGAUUUUACCGAUCUUAUAUUGGUACAGGCAUUGAGACAAUUCUUAUGGUCCUUUCGUUUGCCCGGCGAGGCACAGAAAAUAGAUCGGAUGAUGGAGUGUUUCGCACAGAGAUACUGUCAGCUAAAUCCAAAUAUAUUCACCAACACCGACACCUGUUAUGUUCUCAGUUUCGCCAUUAUAAUGCUUAACACGUCCCUACAUAAUCCAAGCGUCAAGGACAAGCCCAGCGUAGAACAGUUUAUAUCUAUGAAUCGUGGUAUCAACAAUGGCGGUGACCUUCCACGAGAAUUACUCGUGAGUCUUUACGAAAGUAUAAAAACGGAACCAUUCAAGAUCCCGGAAGACGAUGGCAACGAUUUGAUGCACACCUUCUUUAACCCCGAUAAGGAAGGCUGGCUUUGGAAGCAAGCAGGUGGACGUUACAAAAGCUGGAAAAGACGGUGGUUCAUUCUAAACGACAAUUGCCUAUAUUAUUUUGAAUAUACGACGGACAAGGAACCGCGUGGUAUCAUUCCGUUAGAAAACAUACAAGUUAGAGAAGUACAAGAUCGACACAAGCCGCAUUGUUUUGAACUUUAUGCAGCUGGAUCAGAAUUUAUCAAAGCAUGUAAAACUGAUAGCGAAGGAAAGGUCGUUGAAGGAAAGCAUACAGUGUACAGAAUGUCUGCAGCAACAGACGAGGAGAAAGAUGAAUGGAUCAAAUGUGUUCGGCAAAGUAUAUCACACAAUCCAUUUUAUGAUAUGCUAGCAGCAAGAAAGAAAAAAGCACAAAAGACAAAUGUCUAUUCGAAGAGUUAAAUAAUAACUAGAGAGUAGAGUUUCGAAAGUAACUCAAUUGACAUGAAAGACUGUAUUUAGGUCUCAAAGUUUACUUUGAAGAUCUUAGAACACGAUCAGAAUAAAAUCUGAUCAUUUUAGAAGCAUCAAGAGGGAUGCAUCAUUAUUGAUAAAAGAUAAAGAGACAAGAUACCGAUACAUACAUAUAUAGAUAUAUUAUAUGUAUAUGUAUAUAUAUAUAUAUAUAUAUAUAUAUAUAUAUAUAUAUGUGUGUGUGUAAAGGCACUGAUCAAAAUAAUAAUAAUAAUUCGACAUAGUUUUGAAAAUGAAAAGAUAGAGUGUCUAUCAAGAAGGAAGAAAAGAAUAAUAAUAAUAAUAAUAAUAAUAAUAAUAAUAAUAAUCGUUUGUCUCUGAAGAUUGAUCGGUGAAUGAUUGGUGAUUUAUAAAAGAAGAGUUUUUAAUAUUCCUAAAGAGAUAGCCUAAAAUGUGCUGCUAACAAACAACAAUAACAAUAACAGCAACCAAAACAAAUAAGAUGGUUGAAGGUAAUGAAAAAGAAAAAUAAAAAAGGAACUAUGAAUAACUUUGUUGUAUUCGUGAAUUGGAUUUUUUAAUUAUUUAAUGGGAUGGGGAAGAAGAGGAUGAGAGAGAGAGAGAGAGAAGAGGAACAAAGAGAAGAAAAAUUCCCAUAGAAAUUUUUCCUUAAAUUUCUUAUAGAAUUUGGUCGAAUACAAAAGUAUUAAUAAUAAAACUCUCCUUUACUAUUAUUUUUCAAAUCAAAAGUGGAUAAAGAGUGAAAUCUUGUCUACUUUUUUGGCAAUUUUAAAUGGAUUAUCUAAUCGAAACUCUAAACCAAACGAAAAGCGAGAGAGAAAAAGAUAGAGAGACGAAGAGUGAGAGAGAGGGAGAGAGAAAGAGAGAGGGAGAGAGAGAGAGAGAGAGAGAGAGAGAGAGGGAGUGGAAGGAAGAGAAAGUAAGAAAGAGAGAAAGAGAGAUAAAGAGACUAUGUGAAUGAUGUAAAAUUAUUUAUCUUGUAAAUGUCCUUCUUGUAAAAUGUAUCACAUAUGUCACAAAUGAGAAAGACCUCCAAAUGAUUUUUCAUUAGAAAAUUGUCUAUAUCAAUGAAGAUACAUACGUAUAUAUAUGCAUACAUAUAUGUAUAUAAAUAAUACUUACGUACGUAUAACAUAACAACAACAACAAGAACAAGAACAAGAACAAGAACAAGAACAACAAAAGCAACGUCUUUGUCGAAUUUGAA